AUGCUUAAAGCAGAGGCCAAAACAUUACCAGUUAUUUUCCAAAAUAUUUUACAAAAUGUCUGCAUCAAUGAGGAAAUACCAAACAACUGGAAAAAGGGACUCAUUGUGAAAUUACCAAAGAAAGGUGAUGCAUCAGACUGUAAUAAUUGGAGAGGAAUCACUCCAUUAUCAAUCACCAGUAACAUAUUCACCCAUAUCAUAUUGCAGUGCAUCACAGCUGCAGCAGGAGACCAAUUACUUUGCCAAGAGCAGGCUGGAAUCAGGAAAGGAAAAUCAUGUAUUGACAAUAUUUUUGAGUUACAAGGCAAAUCUGAAAGACUUAGUCAAAUAGCCAACACCAUAGGUCUCAAAAUCAACAAGAAGAAAAUGUACACUCUUUGUAAAAAUAUAACAGAUGUGGACCAUGUGACAUUGAAUGAUAAACCAAUCAGAAAUGUUGACGAGUUUACCUAUCUAGACACCAAAAUAACAAUGGAUGGAGACUGUAUUCAUGAAAUAAAUACAAGAAUUGGCAAAGCCAACCAAACCAAUCAUUUGGUAUGUUAA